CGAAAAAAAAGAGAGAAUGUUGUGUCUGUCUUUAUCUCCCACUUCAAGGUCGCGUUGCUUCACUCUCCAUUUGCAGAGAACGCUAUGGUGAAGACUGUAUAUUUUACUCUCUUCUUCUUUUUCUUCUUCUUCUUCUUCCUCUUCUCUCCUUCGUUACUUCUAGCUCAAUCACAGCCUCCAGAGAUUGACCCACUAGACAAAGCCUCGCUAUUGAUACUCCGCGUUUCGAUUCACGACCCCAAUCGAAGCUUAUCGACAUGGUACGGCUCAUCGUGUUCUAACUGGACAGGUCUAGCUUGUCAGAAUCCGACCGGAAAAGUCAUCUCCCUCACUAUACCCGCUGCGAAUUUGUCCGGCCAGAUUCACCCGUCUCUCUGUAAGCUCACUUCACUUCAAAUCUUGGACCUUUCCGGAAACAAUUUCUCCGGAAACAUCCCCGCUUGCUUCGGCGCGCUGCGUUAUCUCAGAACACUCAAUCUUAGCCGGAACAGUUUGGUUGGUUCGGUUCCCGGAACGUUCGUUAACCUUAAGGAGCUUAGAGAAGUCGUUCUAAGCGAGAAUAGAGGUUUAAGAGGAUCGCUUCCUCUCUUGGUCGGAGAAUUGAUGAAUCUCGAGAGAAUUGAUCUAAGCUUCUGUUCCUUUCUUGGAGAGAUACCUGAAACCUUGCUUUAUUUGAAAUCUCUAAAGUUUUUGAAUCUUGAGAGCAAUAACAUGACCGGUACGUUUAGAGACUUCCAACAGCCAUUGGUUGUUCUCAACCUUGCUUCGAAUCGGUUUUCCGGUACGCUGCCUUGUUUCUACGCCUCUCGUCCAUCUCUAAGCGUUCUGAAUCUCGCUGACAACUCUCUGGUUGGUGGACUACCUUCUUGUUUGGGUUCUUUAUCAGAGCUGACUCAUCUCAAUCUCUCCUUCAAUGCCUUCAGCUACGAGAUAUCUCCAAGGCUUGUGUUCUCCGAGAAGCUCGUGAUGCUUGACUUGAGCCACAACGGGUUCUCUGGUCGUCUCCCUAGCAGGAUCUCCGAAACGACUGACAAACUUGGUCUGAUUCUUCUUGACCUCUCUUACAAUAGGUUCUCUGGUGGUAUACCCUUGAGGAUCACCGAGUUAACCAGAUUACAAGCAUUGCGUCUCUCUCACAAUCUUCUAACGGGAGAUAUCCCUGCGAGAAUCGGGAACCUGACGUAUCUCCAAGUCAUUGAUCUUUCCCACAACGCGCUGACCGGACCAAUCCCUCUCAACAUCGUUGGCUGCUUUCAGUUGCUCGCUCUGAUCAUCAGCAACAACAACCUCUCCGGCGAAAUCCAGCCGGAGCUCGACGCUUUGGACAGCCUGAAGAUACUUGACAUAAGCAGCAACAGGAUCUCUGGCGAGAUCCCGCUGACUCUAGCCGGUCUGAAGUCGCUAGAGAUUGUGGACAUAAGCUCCAACAACCUCUCGGGAAGCCUUAACGAGGCCAUUACCAAGUGGUCCAACCUCAAGUACCUCUCUCUCGCAAGGAACAAGUUCAGCGGAACGCUUCCUUCUUGGCUGUUCAAGUUCGACAAGAUCCAAAUGAUGGACUACUCCAGCAACAGAUUCUCCUGGUUCAUACCAGACGAUAACUUGAACAGCACCCGCUUCAAGGAUUUUCAGACCGCUGGAUCUUCAGUGCCACCGGGGAAAGUAGAGAUCAAGAUAUCGGCAAAUGUGGUUGCUAAAGACGAACUAGCCUUCAGCUACGAUCUCUUGUCGAUGGUUGGGAUCGAUCUUUCCGACAAUCUGUUACACGGAGAAAUACCUGAAGCUUUGUUCAGACAGAAGAACAUCGAGUACUUGAACUUGUCGUACAACUUCCUUGAGGGCCAGCUUCCACUUUUAGAGAAGCUGCCGAGGCUAAAGGCGUUAGAUCUUUCACACAACUCUCUGUCAGGUCAAGUCACUGGAAAUGUCUCAACUCCUCCAGGACUGACUCUUCUGAAUCUGUCUCACAACUGUCUCUCUGGAAUCGUUACUGAGAAAGAAGGGCUUGGAAAGUUUCCAGGCGCUUUGGUUGGGAACCCGGAACUUUGUGUGGAGUCUUCAGGAAACAAGUGUGAUCCUGCAAACAUUGAUGCAUCAGAAGAGGAGAUAUAUCAAAACGAGUUGGUGGAAGGACCGAUAUCGAUUUGGAUAUUCUGCUUAAGCGCGUUUAUUAGCUUUGAUUUUGGGGUGUUGGGUAUCUUCUGCUCAUCUCGUGCUCGGAGUUAUGUUCUCCAGACCAAAGGUUAAACACUUAGUCAUUUGGUGUAUAUUCAGUUUCUGAAAAACAUUGUCUAAGAUGUGAAAGUAGAAAUGCUUGUUUUCUUACUAAAGUAUUAGUCCUAUGCUUAAUUACUUAUUAUCUCAAAUGUUUGUUGUGUAUAUCUCUUAACCAGAUUACGUUGACGCAUGAACCAGGGACCUUUUCGUUCA